GAUUCAUUAAAACUAAACCCCCUUAAACUCUCUCGUUGUAUGCUUCCAAAGCAAAACCCUUUCUUACUCAUCGUACCCAUUCCCAAUUCUCUCCAAUUUUGCAUCAGAAAUCCUCGAAUUCAACCGGAAAAGCUACCAUCUCUUCCUAAUUUUGCUUCUAUUAACAAUGUCCACCAUGAAUCAACCGGCGACGCCUCCGCCGACGAUCGGAAAGAUGGGCCCAUACACCGUCUUCGUAACCCCUUCCGAUUCAUCGCAUUUCUCAGUUUCCGAUUCUCGGAAAAAACAUUAUAUUCCUCCUACGUCGGUUCAACUGACGCCGGUGAAAUCCGCUCCUCUGGUUCAGCCUCCGCCAGUUCAGUACGGGAAAUCCACUCCAUCGAAACUCGCGCUUUUCUGGGAUGCCGUUGCCAAAGUUCAGAAUGCACAUUCAAGUUUAGAUGAACAUGUAGCACAUUGGUUUGGAUUGAAUCAAUCAAAAUAUCAAUGGGCUCUUGAUGAUUACUAUGAAAGCAAGGGAAUGGACAAGGUUGACAUACGAGCAAAAGAUUCAUCCACCAAAGCUCAAAGGGUGUAAUAUAUGCUUUUGAUUUGAUAGAACACCUUCGUGAUCUCUUUUGAACAUGAUAUGUUUAUAACAUGAAUUUACUUGUUGGUUGAAUCGGAUCGAUCUACAUGGUUUUUGGAAUCUGAUUGUGAACCUCUUGGUGUUUUUACUAGGGUUAAUGUCAUGAGUGGGUGAUGCACUAUUCAUUUUAAAUGGUGUUUUUGUGAAAAAAAAAUUAAACAAAUAAUUUGUUAUUCAUUUAUGACAUUAACAUUUUUAGUAAGGAGUAUGAAUCGAUCAUUUUAUUGGUAAGCAGCCAGAAGAUUAGCAAGAAUUGUAGGCAUAUGUUUGUUGUUUAAUUUGUGCUUCUUUUCCGGU